AUGCAUCCGUACCAGGUGGAAAUUGAUGAAGCCUUGGCGGCGUCUCUGCUGUAUGAUUCACCUGAAUCGACAAUUCAUAAUGGAGUUAUUGCAAGGCCUUUUCAACAACAAGAACAAGUGAAUUAUUGGCAUUAUGGUCGUUUUUGUCCUCCUCCACGUUUUGUUUGUCCGUACUGUCCUGGUGAAGUCUUUCACGUACAUCAUGGUGUUGCUUCGACUAGUGGUGGAUUUACUGGCCAUAGCUAUGGCAAUAGCUCUCGAGACUGGUAUACACAUAGACGUGAUUACUCGGAUAUCGGGUCAAAUAGUGGACAUGAUCAUUCUGAAAAUUUGACCACUGAGGAACUAAAUAUUAUAGAAUCAGUGGGAAACGUCGAUAGAGGAUUAUCUGAAUCGAAAAUCUCUCGAUUACCAACUCAUAAGUACGGACAAAAACCCAAAUUCAGGUGGUGGUGGCAAAAGAAAAAGAAGUUUGUCGCCGAUGAUACUCGAUGUUCGAUAUGCCUAGUCGACUAUGAGAAGGGAGAUAAGAUAACUACUUUGCCACCGUGUAAUCAUAUUUACCACAAGGAUUGCAUUGCACAGUGGUUGAAAAAAAGCACGAUAUGUUGUGUGUGCACACGUGAGGUCUAUAUUUAG